GCUCUUAUGAGGGAAAGGGCGUAACGUCUGUGGACUGACUCGGAUCAGCCAACAAAGUCCAAGGAUGACCAUCGUACCCAAAAAAACUGCUCUAGUGCUGUCACGCGACCAACGCUCUUACAACAGUCACGGUUACGAAUACAGGCAUUAUAAUCGUCGACUCUGCCUUGUUCAAACAGGAGUUCGAAGGACAGCGUUAUCUGCUGCUAAAGGUGUAUACAGCAUCCUUGUUUCGUCUCCAGGGAUCACCACAUUCCCUUUUCUGUCCAUAUUGCCUGGUACACGCAAACAAGACAGCCUUGGAAGAAAUCCCAGUAAGGCUGGCUUCCAAGGUAGACGAAAUAAUACAAGCUACGAAGUCUCUCUGUUAUUCCUCAGCAACUUCUACUAGUUCUAGUGACCGAUCGACACACCUACGGCAUGAGUCAGUAUACGUUUGACGAAGAGAAAAUAACUCGCAGAACAACAGAAGAACGCCGUGCUGCUUGUAGCAUGCCGUCCAUCGAUUUCGACGGUGAACCUGGAUUCGUCUAUUUUGACUGCAGUGACGAAUUUGCAUCAAAAUCCGAUCUUUGUGAUACCCCCGAAGUCCUGUCUACCUGUCCCUCUCGACAGAACAGCAUCCCUUGUCUGGACCUUAAUCCAAAGGAGGAACCUCGUACUCCAACUCAGGCAUCGCAGGAUGCUCAGCAUGUCUCAUCGACCUUGUCCUCAGACACAGAGGACGGCGGUUCUGAUGACUCGAACCCACCUUUGGACAUUAAGUUUGCCUUGAUAAACUCUGCUCGAGCUACCAUUUCUCCGCUGGCAAGUCUAUGUGCUGCAUUGUCGGGAGCGGCCACUAGGCCCAGCAUUGGAUUUCAUACAGACCACGAACUGUACAUGAGGGGAAACCAAACCGCGGUUCCAGAGGAAGCUGCGAGGCCUCAAUCGCUCUUGACACGUUGGAGAGCUACACUUGCGAGCAAGUCCUGAUGGCAGUCGGUGUCAGAAAUUGCCUUGUACAUAGCGAUAUCACCUACAUAUCACUAGUUUUUUGGCUUGAAGUUACGAUACCAACCUUCUUAUAAUAAAAGGAAUCGUGAAUCAUGAA